CGCGCGCGUUUGAGCGAGAGAGGAGAGGGAGAAGAGACAGACUAGGAGUGGAGAGCACAGCGGAGAUCAUUAUUACACACGCGUUAGCAUUAAAUUGCCUUUCAACAUAGAGACAUUGAAUGCCAAGCUACUAUGCAAAAAGGGAUGCUGGAUACGAAAAUUGAGAGAAAUACCCUAAUCGGUCGUCUCAGCAAUAAGAAUAGGCUAUAGCACGCGCCCUUUACAAAAGUAACUGAUAUCGCACAAAAGCAGGGAAACGGAACGGGAGAGAGAGCAGCAGCGAACUAUGCACUGAGGAUGAUUUCUGCCAGAAAAACUCCGGAGAAGAGUCGCUACCACCUGCAUUAUCUUGUGUGGCACAACAAACACCGGCAGCUGGAGAAAGAGCUCUCCGCGCACGAGCAGGUUGAUUUAGAAGUGUUGGACCCACGGGGUCGGACACCUUUGCACCUGGCCGUGACACUGGGUCAUUUAGACUGCGCCCGUCUGUUAGUCCAGCAUGGAGCUGAUGUCAGCAAAGAAAACAGAAAUCGCUGGACAGUGUUGCAGGAGGCCAUUAGCACACGUAACCCGGAGCUGGUGCGGCUGGUGCUGCGUUACCGUGACUUUCAGCGCACCACUAAGAGACUGGCAGGGAUUCCGCGACUGCUGGAGAGACUCCGACAGGCACAGGAUUUUUACGUGGAGAUGAAAUGGGAGUUUACAAGCUGGGUUCCGCUCGUGUCUCGUAUCUGUCCGAGUGACACAUAUCGGGUAUGGAAGAGUGGCCAGUGCCUGCGGGUGGACACAACACUCAUGGGAUUUGAUCAAAUGACCUGGCAAAGAGGCAAUCGCAGCUUUAUAUUCAGGGGUCAAGACUCCAGCGCCAUGGUAAUGGAAGUGGAUCAUGACAGACAGCUGGUGUUUUGCGAGAAGCUGCCGUGCCCAACUUCCUCUCCAGCCUCCCCCUCCCCCAGGUCGUGCACAACCGCUUUGAACCUUCUGGGGGCGCUGCAGCCCAGCGAUGAACAGGUGGCGGCCCGUCUAUCCGCUCCCGUGGUGGCCACGCAGCUUGACACCAGGAACAUCUCAUUUGAGAGGAAUAAAACAGGCAUUCUUGGCUGGCGGAGUGAGAAAACAGAGGUGGUGAACGGGUAUGAAUCAAAGGUUUACUGUGCCUCUAAUGUUGAGCUAAUCACACGAACACGUACUGACCAUCUCACUGACCAGCACAAAACAAAACCCAAAGGAGGCAAGACACCUCUGCAAUCCUUCCUGGGUAUCGCUGAACAGCACAUGGGGCCUAACAACGGACACACAAUGGUGACUCAGAUAUCAUGCCCCUCAACAAACCCAUUGGCCUUGACAGCUGAGGAGUACUUUAAUCCCAAUAUGAGUCAGAGAGACAUCGGACAGCCUUGUAACCUCACCACAAAAACACAAAGGUUCAAAGCCAAGCUGUGGUUGUGUGAAUCUCACCCUUUAUCUCUGGAGGAGCAGGUGGCUCCUAUCAUCGACCUCAUGGCCAUCUCCAACACUCUGUUCGCCAAGCUUAGGGACUUCAUCACCUUACGUCUGCCCCCUGGCUUCCCCAUCAAAAUAGAAAUUCCAAUCUACCACAUCCUAAAUGCUCGGAUCACCUUUGGGAACCUGAAUGGUUGUGAAGAGGGUGGUUUGCCCCGGGUGGACACUGAAGGGGACGGACAAAAGGACAGUCCCAGGACAGAGGCACCAUCUCCAGGCAGCGACUCUUCCAGCGUGUCCAGCUCUAGCUCCACAAACUCAUGUCGUGGAGGAGAGAUCCCACCUUGUGUUUUCGAGGCUCCGCGGGGCUACAGCAUUUUAGGAGGAACAGAGGAAAACAUUAGAGAAGAAGAGGAUGAUCUGCUACAUUAUGCCAUCCAGCAGAGCCUGAUUGAGGCUGGAUCAGAAUAUGACCAGGUGACGAUCUGGGAGGCUUUGACCAACAGUAAGCCGGGAACACACACUCUGCCCUGCGACCCCAGCCGACAUGAAAGAACCCCACAGCACAAACCCAACACCGUGGAGAGCCCCCGCAGCACACCAAACAAUAAGCCACCGCGCAGCUACGAUGAGCAGCUGCGUAUAGCCAUGGCGCUGUCCGCCCGCGAGCAGGAAGAGGCGGAGCUACGUCAAAGACGAGAGGAAGAGGAACUGCAGCGUAUCAUACAGCUGUCACUCAUGGAAAAGUGACCGGGCCAUUGGGAAGCGAGGGGUGGCAGAGCAUGCCUGGGGAUCUGUAACCAACCAGCGUGAACUAUGAUUGGCCACUCCCAAACGCCCCACCCUCUUCUUCCAAAGAACUGGAACUCUCCAAGGAGUCAUUCACAAUCACAGAGAACCCUGUCUUCACUCUGCAAGUUUACAAACACAAACUACUAAACUCAUGGCAAUCCACUGACUGAUCUGCACCAGUCUGGUCUCCUAACGUGUGAAUGUGCGAUUUUGACCGAGACAGUCCGCGCUGUGUAUCCUACUGUUGUUUCUAAAAGCUAUCAUCCAAACACUCACACAGAGUUCCUGGAUACUCACCGGUAGGUGUGAAUUCUGGGGGAAAUUGUCACUUUUCAAUUUCAUAUUAUGGAUUUAAAGAACUUAAGUUUUGGUUGUUAAUACACACAAUUCACUGUACUUGGAUUAAGGGGUCACGAUGUCUCCUAAUCGAAUGUGGGAGGGCACUUACAAGAGUUAAUGCAGCAAAUCCACCUCAAUUUGAUGGGAAUGCUGCAUUCACAAGGACGUAUGAAGAAAAACGCAAAUGUUUGCGAAAGUGACACUUAUACUUUUGCUGCAUAUCCUCCAAUGUCGGUACGUUAACCUGCUGAACUUUGAGAAUCUCAGACAGGUCCAGCUAUGAAUUCGGAAAUCUAAUUUGAUGUAUUCCCAUUUGAUUUCAAACUAAAGACCUGUUCACACCAGCAUCAAUGUUCGGCACAAAUUCACUGUAGGUGGAAAAGCAGAAACACCUCAGCACAGAACAGAACUUUUCUGACAUCUGCUUGUUACAGAGAACAAAUGAAGUCAAACCGUAACAGUAUGUUUUCAGAGACUUUUGGUUUCAAAGAGACGGUUGGACAUUUUGGAUGAGAUUUUGGUAUUUUGUGUAGUGUAUCAAACACCUCUUAGUGCAAGUGUAGAGAGAAAAGAGCUGGUUUAGGAUUCUUGUGCUAUUUACUCUCACAUACUGUUUGCGAAGGCCACUAAAUCAUAGUUUUAUGUAACAGCAGCAGCUCUGGGCACAUGACCAAAAGCUUGAAUCUUGGUUGGCUUCGCAGUGCAAUGGAAAAGAGGUUAGAAAAUCUUUUAUAUUUGUGGCUUGAAAAUGUUAUUUUUGUUCAUUCAAAUUAAAAUUUUCACACACAUUGGUCUUGGUGUGAACAGGCCUUCAUCCAGUUCUUUCCACACCCUCAAAAUGAAUCUUGUGCAAUCAUUCGCCAUACUUUUUGUAGUGUGCAAGCGCAAACCCUGCGUUAUGAUGACAGCAGGUUGAAAACCACCCUUUGCGCACUAUUAAUGGCAUGAUUUUGAAUCAUUGGCCAGAUUGAUAAUCCGAACCUAAAAGAUCAUUUAUUGUAAUGGCACAACUGAGAGUGAAUGGAAGAAACAAGCCAUUUUCAGGUAAAUGUCAAUAAUGACUAAAUGAUUCCUUUGAAUCUGAAUCAAAUGCUCAUUACAAUAUUCAUCAUGUGUCCUAAAUGAACGUUUCAGAAAAAAAAGACAUUAUUUUUUCAUUGUUCUACUUCAAAUGGUGCUAAGUUGAUCUUUCAUAUCAACUCUUGGGUACUUUAAUCAGUGUGAUUGUCACGACAUGCAUUCAUCCAUCUGUUCAAUCACUCGACAACACUGUUUCUUUACCGGCCUCCAUUCAGUGCUUCCUUCAACAUUCCCAUCAGAGCUCAUUGUCUCAUGACUGGAACACCUGCGGUAGCUAAUCAGAAAUCUAAUUGUGCUUUUAUAAGGGGCGCCAGUUCUAGAAUAAAACAUGAAAGGAGGAAUCACUCACAGAGAUAAUGCCCUGAGCACAGACAAAGGGGAAAGUUUUAUUGGAGAAUCUUAAAAUAGAUCUGUCUCCUUAGUCAGAUUUAUUCUGGGGCUGACUGACGUGCCCUCAGGGUUUGAUGUAUCAGGUGAAUAUGAAAAACAAAUUAGGAAACAUGGCCAUACUCCACUUCUGAAAAGCUUCAAUGUAAAAACACAAGGCAUUAACCAUCAGUUUUCAAAGGAAGCGGAUCUGAUGGCGCUGUCUAGAGACGGAGCUAAUAAACACGUAGGAUUGAUCUUAUGAUUGUGUGACUUGUGAAUGCCUGGGCAGAAAUGCUUGAUAUGACUCAAUGUUUUAGUAUAACAAAUAAUAGCAUUAUUUAUAUUUAACAUUUUUUUCAUUUGAAUUUGGUUGAGCUGUGGUUUGUGUGGAGUGCUGCUGUUGUGUCUGUAUGUGACUGAAAUAUAUUGUUCACAUUUGUAACUUAAAUGCAUUCCAAAUAAAGGGUAAUGACAUCUAAAUUAACUU